CUCGCCUCACAGCGCUGUCCCAUCCCUGCGGACCCCUCCACCUUGACCGUGAUCCCAGCCCUGACCAUCCCCGCGCCGUGGCCAUGCUCGCCGCUGCCCGUCCUUGGCCUCUUUCCCGCAGACCUGGCUAAUGGGGUCCCUCGCCUGCUCAUCCCUCCCUCGCCUCUGCCCUUUCGCUUCCCAACACCGUCUUCAGUCGUUCAGUCGCUCUUCUCCGGCUCCUGUCACUUGGAACAAGUAUCAGUGCCGCUAUCUCAGGGUCCGGCCGCCUCCUAGCCAGUGUGUCAUACCACAGGUGUCUACACGUCUGACCGUUCAUACGUCCGUCCCUCCUGGGGCCGGAACUGACCAUGCCCAGCGGCUGCUGCUGCCUACAUCUCAUGUGCCUGCUGUGCAUCCUGGGGGCGAGCAGCCAGCCAGCCAGAGCGGAUGACUGCAGCUCCCACUGUGACCUGGCCCACGGCUGCUGUGCUCCUGACGGCUCCUGCAGGUGUGACCCAGGCUGGGAGGGGCUACACUGUGAGCGCUGUGUGAGGAUGCCUGGCUGCCAGCAUGGUACCUGUCACCAGCCCUGGCAAUGCAUCUGCCACAGUGGCUGGGCAGGAAAGUUCUGUGACAAAGAUGAGCACGUCUGUACCUCACAGUCACCCUGCCAGAAUGGAGGCCAGUGUGUGUAUGAUGGGGGUGGUGAGUACCACUGUGUGUGCCUGCCAGGCUUCCAUGGACGUGGCUGUGAGCGCAAGGCUGGACCCUGUGAGCAGGCAGGCUCCCCAUGCCGGAAUGGCGGGCAGUGCCAGGACAACCAGGGUUUUGCCCUCAACUUCACAUGCCGCUGCUUGGCAGGAUUCAUGGGUGCCCAUUGUGAGGGCUUUGCUGGACGAUUCUGCACCAUCAACCUAGAUGACUGUGCCAGCCGCCCAUGCCAGAGAGGGGCGCGCUGUCGGGACCGCAUCCAUGACUUUGACUGCCUCUGCCCCAGUGGCUAUGGUGGCAAGACUUGUGAGCUUGUCUUACAUGCUCCAGACCCUGCCACAGUGGGCACCCCACAAACACCCACCUCUGCUGUAGUUGUACCUGCUACAGGGCCAGCCCCCCACAGUGCAGGGGCAGGCCUCCUGAGGAUCUCAGUGAAGGAGGUGGUGCGGAGGCAAGAGGCUGGGCUAGGAGAGUCUAGCCUGGUGGCCCUGGUGGUGUUUGGGUCCCUCACUGCUGCCCUGGUCCUGGCCACUGUGUUGCUGACCCUGAGGGCAUGGCGCCGGGGUAUAUGCCCCACAGGACCCUGUUGCUACCCAGCCCCACACUAUGCCCCAGCUCGGCAGGAUCAGGAGUGCCAGGUUAGCAUGCUGCCAGCAGGGUUCCCUCUGCCACCAGACCUGCCCCCUGAGCCUGGCAAGACCACAGCCCUGUGAUGGAGGCAGGGGCUUGCUGGGCCCCUUCUGAAUCUUCUUCACACAUCAGACUGGAGGUCCUGCCUCACCAGCCCUUGGCUUUGGUCUACUCUUCUAGGGGAUUUCAGACUCACACCAGAAAUACUAUUUUUUUUAAAACACAGAAUGUAAAAUAGGAAUUUUAUCAAAUAAAAUUAUGAAAGUGAAAA